GCCCGAGUUUACCAAUUACAUCAGACCGGCCUGGUAUGAUUAGAUAGGGAUACAACAACAAAGCUAGCACGUCUUCAUUCAUUUUCAAAUUUAACCUAGCUUUAUGUAACGUGGUGAGCGUCAUCAGUGUCGAGUUACGCCGCACCAGAAAGGACACGUAUUGGACAGGGAUUGCAAACACCUUCUCAAGGAAUAAGAUGGACAUACUUAAAGUUGAUCCUGAGGAAAGAGAAAAAAUGUUAAACGCUUGGAGGAUCCAAAAACAUCCUAUUUACGAUGGCUGUAUGUUUCCGAAAUUUCCUGUGAUAAUGGCUAACCCCGAAAAGCACAUGGAGGCAUUAAGGAACCUCGACUCAAGGGAAUCGGAUAUCCUACUCUGUACAUUCCCCAAAGCAGGGACACAUUGGGUACACGAGAUCGUGUCGAUGAUCCUACAGGAAGGAGCACAGUAUACCAGUGGCCAUAAAGGAGGUGUCAUGCUGGAAGCUAUGAACCUUGAAGAAUUAAACAAUCGUCCUUCGCCACGUUUCCUCAAUACCCACGUGGCAUUUCGUCAUAUCCCAAAGAAACACAUAGAUAACGGGUACAAAAUCAUUCAUGUAUCAAGAAACCCAAAGGAUGUGAUGGUAUCAUUUUACAACCACACUAAGAACGAUCCGACGACAACCUGUACAGAAGAAGAUUUUCCUGGAUCUUGGAACGACUAUAUACAGGAUAUGUGUGCAAACAAACAUAAUUUUUAUGGGGGUUUUGUCAACUACGAACGCGAAUGGGAGGAGGCGAAACGGACCAAAGCAGUAACAAAUAUCCAUAGCGCGUUCUACGAAGACUUGAAAAAGAAUCCAGCUGGAGAAAUAGAACGUCUGGCAGCCUUUUUGAACAAAGAAUUAAGCCCUCAGCUUAUACAGGAUAUUGCCGACAAAUGUUCAUUUAAAAAUCUUGCAGACGCUACAACUUCAGGCAAAAAAGGGGAGGAUAUGAUCUCAAAAGUUUCAAAGGAUAAAACAAAUUUCAUUUUCAGAAAAGGUACAACAGGGGACUGGAAGAAUUGGUUCACUGUCGCACAAAAUGAAAUGUUCGAUCUAAUGCUGGAAAAGGAGUUGAAAGACACUGACCUAAAGUUCACAUAUGAACUAUAGAUAUAUAGACCAACAUCAUUUUAGAUGCUAUUCUGUAUCAGUAGAAAUUUAAUUAAAGAUGGACUGAUCAAUUCGUUCAAUGUUAUAAUGCAUUCAGUUACAAUGUUGUUACAUUGUAUAUAUGAACUACUCGUUCAUCCAAUGUUAUACUAUAUUCCGUUACAAUGUUAUCAAAGAUGGACUGUUUAUUUUUCCCUCUGUUAUACUGUAAUAAGUUACAAUGUUAUAAAAGAUGAACUGAUGAUUCGUCCAAUGUUAUACUGUGGUCAGUUAAAAUGUAAUUAUUGAUGGACUGAUGAUUAAUCAGAUGUUAUACUGUAAUCAGUAACAAUGUUUGGUCCAGUUAGUUAAACAAAGGUCCACAGCAAGUAACGGUUGUUUAUCGCGUUUAUCGUGUUUAUCUAACUAGAAUAAAAAAACAUCACGCGUUAUGAAACACGUUUAUCCUGUAACGGCUAACUUGUAGCUGUUCCGACUUCAAAUUUUCUCAAAGUCAUCUAAAUUCUGUGUUGUUGUCUGUGAGCCGAAUCACUACUCGACAAAAUAUAGUUCGUAUAGGAAGGAAAGUUUAUUAGUUAUUUUAGUGUGUUUAAUACAUCAUGAUCAAUGCAUCUUGCUUCCGAGCGCGUUAACUACCAUCAUAUCCCCAGAUCAUUCUACCUUUCCUUGACGACAUCCUUCUUUCCUAUUUACGCCAAAAAUAUAAAACAUGCACUGUCUAGUGUUGUUGUCAGUUGAUAAAAGUUAAAUACACAAAAGUGUGUAUGUUAA